UAUUGUCAGUCUCGGCAGCUCGGCACAAGGGCAGGACCGCAUCCCGGAGCUGCGUGAAGCAGCUAGCUCUUUAUUCAGACUUAACCAUUUCUUAUUUGGUUAAUACACCAAAGAGAGCAUCUCGGAGCUUUGCUAUCGAGGUUACUCCACAGCCUCAGCUGGAAAUCUGAGUCUGAAUCGGGAGGAAAGACAUCUCAGAGAGGCUGCCGACACCACGGAGAAAGUGACGGACGGAGCAGAGCCUGAUCACCGGGAUUUUUUUUUAUUUUUUAUUUUUUUAUUUACAUCGCAUCGCAUCAGUUUAGGAUAUAUCAGGCAGCUGCUUUGGCCCAGCCUUGAUUUCUUUCAGGGUACCUUCACACAAUAUUGCCUAGAUAAUAUUACUGACAUUUGCAUGAUACAUUUCACAUAAGGUCGUUUAUAGUGAGCAGGCGGACCACUUUAAACCCAUGCGUAACAGCGGAGGAUUUUGGAAUACUGCGUAGCAGUUCAACCACCCAGUCUUUCGAUUAAGAGCUCUUGUUAUUUGGAAAUAUCUACAAGCGAAAAGAGGAGCACCCAGGACCUUUUACUUUGUUCCGGAGGCUAAACGUUGCAAACCCGAAGCGCACUCGGUGCGCAAUCCUACAGAGGACGCUCCUGAAAUUGCCGACCUGCGCUUUUGCCCUCGACAAAAAUUGGCAGCCGAGUCGAGAAAAAAGGCAAAGCUUAUUAACUUUGCAUGCUAGAAGCUAGAGUGUGGAAUCUAAUUCGCAGGGUUACCGGUAUAUUUGCAUACCAUCGGAAGAGGAUAAACUUAAUCAGCAUUUGACAUCGACAAAGCGGCUGCUGGAUUUUGGAGAACAGAAUGAAUCCUUUUUAAUUUGGACCACAGAAGUAUUAGGCAGAUUGCUCAGUGAGUGCUACAAUCUGCAUGGAGUUCUAGUCUGCACUACGGAGCAAUUUAUGGUUGGCCGCAGAACUCCCCCGGCUGUAGUACUGUGCCCACCUCACCAUGCUGGCCUGUCUGCAGAGGAGGCAAAACCCUCCACCCCAGCACCCGGUGUGUGCCAGCAAGACCCUGGAACCACCGCAAGCCCUUGGACGGAAAUGUGAGCUUUUGGUGCCCACGCAUUCCCCACGCUACCCUACUGCAGCGGAACUUGAUGCCUAUGCUCAGAAGACGGCCAAUAGCCCUCUGUCCAUCAAGAUCUUCCCCACCAACAUCAGGGUUCCCCAGCACAAGCACCUUAACCGGACUGUGAAUGGAUAUGACACCACAGGGCAACGCUACAGUCCCUACCCACAUCUCCACACGGGGGGCUACCAGGGCCUGCUCGCCAUUGUCAAGGCUUCCUCCUCCUCGUCAUCGUCAACAUCCACCUUUGUCCCUUCGAAAGGUGUUCUCAAGAACUCUGAAGGCAGACGGACUAAGCUCUCUCCGGCCCACAUAGCUGUUGCCCCGUACCCACCCCCUAGUAGUAGCACUUUAGCCAGUGGCCAUGGCCAAAUGGUAUACCACACUGGGCCCUCGAAGCCUCCGGAAGGCCCCGGACUGUCAGUUCCCCCAAAUGUCACUGUAGCUGGCUCAGUGAUUCCUGUAACAGGGGGCCGAGGCCUGGCCCUGCCCGCACAGUCCAACCUCCCCUCCAUCCAGAGCAUCAUCUACCAGAUCAACCAGCAUUGCCAGGCCCAGGCUCUGCAGCAGGUGUGUCAGGGGGCUGCCACUGCGCCAUCAAAUUCCAGCCCUUCCAAGCAGGGAACAACUGUCAUGGGGGUCUCCUCUAGCUCCUCAGGUGGAGGCUAUGUGGUAGGAAUGGCUCCCCAGGCUAACAUUGUAUAUACGGGGCCAGGGCUGCCAGCUCAGAAUGCCGAGGUGAUGAAAAACGGAGUGUACGCAGACGGUAUGGACUAUAUCCUUUGGCAAAAGCAGCAGCAACAACAGCAGCAGCAGCAGCAGCAACAGGCUGUCCUCCGCAUGUACAGUGGAGGUAGCGGAGGAGGGGGUGCCAUCAGCAAGUCCCCCGAAACUUGUGUUCCAGGGGGAGGGAUUAUGGCCACCCAAGUGUCCUCCUCUUCCUCCAGACCUUACCACCUGACAGCUAGUGCAAGUGGAGGAGGUGUGCUGGACAAAGUCAGCUCCUCCCCUUUGAACUGCGUGGGUAUGCACGGAAAUUUCUCAGUGGGUCAAUACUUUGCCCCGCCGUGGAACAGUGUGCUGGUGACACCCGACAGUGACUGCUACAACCCCCAGGAGCUUUUGGGCACCUCCACAGGAGGGCCAGCCACGGGGCACAGAGAGAUGGGCUACCCCCACCACCAUCACCAUUACCACCACCAUCAUCACCACCCCGCUAUAGACAGCGGGGGAGGCUUGUGCUGCAGCCUGCCCAGCAAGAGCUUGUGCAACACGUCCGUGCUGAGCAGCAGCUUGCAGUCUCUGGAGUACCUGAUCAACGACAUCCACCCACCCUGCAUCAAGGAGCAGAUGCUUGGCAAAGGCUACGAGACUGUUUCUGUGCCACGUCUGUUAGACCACCAGCAUGCACACAUCCGCCUCCCUGUUUACAGAUAGAGGGGGGGAAGAAGAGGAGGAAAAGAGUUGUGAAUUUGUGAAGAAAAUCAAAGUUAAACAACUAAGAUGUUUUUUGGGGUACAGAGUUGUUACGAGUGGCACUGCUUUAACUAGUGAGAGAGCUUAGACAAGGGCAGUUGUUGUGCUGUUUGACCCUAGGUUUGGUGGUUUCAAGACAGGCUAUGGGAAUCCCAAAUAUGAAAGGUGGUAGUCAUUGCCAGUGGGAGAGAAAAGGGAUUUCAAGAUUCUCCAGAUGUUCCAUUGUGUGGUUUGCCAAUAGGAAUUUUGGAUUGACUUAUUUUUUUUCCUCAGUUUCGUUUUUAUUUUAUUUUUUUGUUUAUUUGCAUUUUUUGAUGAGAAUCAUAGCUUGACAUGAAGUGCAUAUGCCACUUGUAUCCCCCUUCCAAAUACUAAGGAUGAAGCUACUGUGUAGGUUGUCACUGAAAUGGUCUUAAAAGGGCCAAAAUUUAGGGCUGCUCUCAAAAUCCAAAACUCUGUAACAGUGCUACACAUAAACACACACAUAGACAUGCAGAUACAAACUGUACUGGUACAUGAGAAGAUUAUAGGCAGUGUUCGGGUGUUAUGUACAAGGAUCAUAAGGCUGAAUUUAAAGGAUAGUACAACAUUAGUUAUUAUUGCUGUUAUAAUUGAUACAUAAAUUGCACUGCUUGAAUCUUGUUAACUUUGAAGUUUGGAAUUGGGUAGUUUGGAGAUGAUAUAUUUAAGAAACUUGAAAAACUUGAACCUAUUUUUUGUUGUUUUAUAUAUUUGUAGGUAUAUUAUAUGCAUUGGCUGCUAUGGGGAAAAGUGUCUCAAAUGCUUUUUUUUUUUCUUUUUUUUCUCCACUUUUGUUUUUAUGAUUUAAUAAUUCUUCCUCAAGCUGAUGUGCAGUUUCUUAUGUCCUGGUGUGAGGCAUACAGUCGCUGCUUUGGUUCUGUAAGAACCUGGUCGGAGAGUUCUGUUUUUUUCCUAACCAACACUGGAAUCUACAAUAAAUCUUGAAAUACUUAUUUAAAAAGAAAAUGUUGCAAAAAAAAAAAAAACAAGAAAAAGAAAUGUUACAAUGAAGAAUGUGAUUGGGGGGUUA